GUAUGUCGAAACUCACACAGUUAUCACAUUGGUGUCUGACUACACCACACCUAUGAUAUGGCAGAUGGAAAAAAAAAAAAAAAAGAGACAGCGAUACUUCAAUAGACCCUGGCACUGGAAGGAGAUCCAAUGAAACUGCCAUUGCACUAUUGCAGAGUUUGGGUCUGUUGUCAGUCCUUCUUCCCUUCCCUGGAAUGGACAGAAGGAACUGGCUGACAGAUAUGGAGCAGAACUGCAUAAGUACACAGAUAGGGGCCAUUUUCAGAACACUGAAUUCCACAGGGACACUGGCAUUAUCCAGGGAAUGCUUUAG